CCGGGCCGGAGCCGACCCGCGGCUCGGCGCUGCCGGGCGGGCAUGCACAACAAAGGCGGCGGGCGACGCGUCCCGGGCGGGCUUCGCAGGUCUUCUGCGCAUGGCGACUCCACCCAUGUGAGAGCUCUCUUAUGUGAGUGCCCAGCAGCACACUUUGCUGUCUGUGGGCUGUGGACAUUGACUGGCAUCUAAGGACACCCCAGCUCCCUCCUGUCCCCCUAGACGCCACUGUCCUAGAGCCUCCAUGUGCAUUUGCUAUGACAUACAUCAGUGUUGAUGAGAGACAGGAACACUGCCGGGUGAUCUCGAGCUGCCAAAACAAUCAGCUCUGUGCACAACAUGGCUUAAAGGAUUUUUCAGUUAGCAGCAUGCAUCCACUAAAGAACCUAGACACUCAUAUUUUUUCUGGGGACUUCCACACUCUUGCCUGCCACACAGGCAAGGCCCGUUUGGCCAGUCCUGUGGAAAACCGGAUGUAUCGGAGUGUGGAAAACCUGCACUGGGCAGCAGUUGCUGACUGUGGGCUGUAUUCUCACUGCCGGAGCCUGGAUAACGAGAUCAUCUUCCACUACAGAGGCACCAGUCAGUGGACAGAAGGCUGUGUGGAUGUGGCCCCAGUACAGAGUGCAGCAGACUCUCUGAGGAGCCUUUCUCUCCGUGCUAAACAGACAUCCCGAUCUGCACAGGAUGUGCUCCUCCCUCCCUUUGCCAAAGUGCCUCAGUGGCUCUUCCCUUCCGCACAGGAAAGAGCCCUGCAUGGGGAUGCCAGAAAGGAGCUGAAGGAGAAGCUGAGGCUGCACAGCAGUAAGGUGGCAGAGCCCUGCAAGCCACUGCGCCCACAGGUGGCCCUGCCUGAGCUGCUGGCCCAGGAGUGCUUUGGGUGCCGGGUGUGCCAGCAGUGCAGGAAUGGCUGUGCUGUGAAGUGCUGCACGGUUCUGGUGGAACACACUGCUCUCAGGCACAGCCUCACAGCAGGACAGGGACUGUGCUUGGCACACAGGAUCAUCAGCCCAGAAGACAUCAAGCAGGAAGCUCAGAGGAGGCUUCAGCUCCGAAGGCAGAAUAGCUCCCCGAAUUUGCCCCUUCAGCAUGCUGGGGAAAGCCAUGAGAUGAGCAAAUCCAGAACAGCAGAGACCGUAGAGCAGUGCAGUGGGGAAACAGAUGGCAAAGUCUCAUUGGGACAGAGCAAGAAAGGCCGCUGCAAAGGGAGGCUCUACAUACCCACCUUUGAGGAGUUCAAGCAAAUGAGAAGUAAGGAGGGAAAUUCAUCUAACAGCAGCAGUGGGCCAGCAGAUUGCUUGAAAAAGGGUCUGCCUGCAAACCAGACACAGGAGGAGGAAAAAAGUAAGAAUGUCUGUCCAGAAGCUUUAGAGACCAAAGCUGUGAAUGAACCUGCUGUCACUGCAGAGGAAGAUGAUGAUGUAUUUCAUGAAAACCACACCUCUGCUGGCUUUUCCCAAAACCCAGCCACAUGGGAGGGUUUCAAGAUGAGCAGUCCUGAGGUGAAGGACAGAACCUUCCAGACCUCCACCCCAGAUACAUCACCAGUCCCUAUUUGCUCCAGUCCUAUUCCACGAUCACCUCUACAGGCAGGAGCAAUACACAGUGCUGGGCAGGAGAUCUUCAGUGCUGAGCAGCAGAAAGGAGACACAAGACAAUUAAAUGAUGUCCCCCACGUGGCAGGGCAGUCACUGGCUUCUGAAGCCCAGUCCUCUUGCUGUUCAUCGCUGCUGUUAGAAGCCACAGACUUAUCCAGCUAUGGAGCUAAGCUACAAAAAAUGAAGGAUGAAUUCAUAGGUUCGGCCUUGGAACUUAUUAAGAAAAGCUGCAAUGCUGAGACUGCUGCCAAAUCCCCCUCCAAGGGGCAGUGUGAUCUGAGGGAAGCUGAUCUCCCACCUCUGGAGGACAGCCAGCAGCCCACAGCGAUGUCCAUGGCAACAGAGACCUGGGAGGACAAGCCAAGCAAUGAGACAUCCAGUGACACUCCACCUGCAGGGAAUAGCCCCAGUCCUGCCUGUCGCCGAUCCAGCUCCGACAUUGUCCAUGAGAGCACGGAUGGUGCCAAGGCCCAGCGGGAGUGCCGGCUGCGGCCGCACUUCAGUGACCCGAUGCCGACCGACUCGGUGAAGAGGAAGCAGCUGGAGCUGAAGAUCGCGGCUGCAGCGCGGCAGCACGCGCAGAAGCGCCGGCAGGAGCGGGACUGUGGUCCAGUGGUAGCAAAGGCCAACCUUGGCCAUGGCGGCAGCUUUGAUGAGACCCGACGCACCCCACGGGGCUCCCUCCGCUCCAGACGUCACUGGAGCAACGUCAGCAGCCUGAGCACGGACAGCGGGAUUGUCGGUGUGAACGAUGCCCGGGAUGACCUGGAUCCCGCUGCGGCCACCCGGACCAAGUCAGCGGAUGUGGAGAGGGCAGAUAGCGGCAUUGGCCAGAUGCCAGCCAGGAAGUGGAGGAACAGGGCCUCUGAAACGCUGAGCUCCCUGCAGGCCUGGGAAGCCCACCGUCCCUGCACCGACUGUGGAGAAAGGGACCUCCCGGUGGAGACAGAUGUCCAGAACUGCAACCAGAGGCGCGCUGACCUCUGUGAGAAGUGCCGCAAGCGCAGGACGGAGCGCAAGGAGUCCGUGCUGGAGUUUGUCAACACAGAGGCCAGCUAUGGAGAGGACCUGCGCAUCAUCAAAGAGGAGUUCUACCUCCCCAUGCAGGCAGCUGGCCUGCUCAGCCAGGAGCAGCUCCAGGGCAUCUUCAGCAACAUCCAGGAGCUCAUUGACCUCAAUGAGAACUUCCUGGAGAUACUUCAAGAAGAGAUUGAUCAGGCCUUUGAUCAGGGGGACGAUGACCUGAUGACCGUGUGCAUCGGAGAAAUAUUCCUGGAGUUUGUGAACAUGCUGCCAGCCUUUCAGACGUACUGCCUUCAGCAGUCCUCCUCUGUGAAUAUGCUCAAUGCUCUGGAGAAGGAGAAGGAGUUGCUCAGAAUAUUCCUCAACGUCUCCCAGAAUGACAACACAGCGCUGCGGCGGAUGAACCUGAGGUCCUUCCUGAUGGCCCCUUUGCAAAGGGUCACCAAGUACCCCCUGCUGCUCAGCAGAAUCAUCAAGGCCACCACCGAGUACCACCCGGACCACGGCAGCCUGCGGGAGGCCAAGAGCCGCAUCGAGUCCCACCUGGAGCACAUCAACAUGAAAACCAAGCAGGAGGGGAACACGUGGACGCUCCGAUCCUUUCGCCAGGACAGCAAGAAGAAGAGGGAAGUCAUCAACAUCGAGAUGAGAGAAACCGCCCUCAAAACUGUCGGGUGGCUGCGGGAGGAAACGCGGUUUGUGAUGGAGGGGUCUCUGCAGCUGGCCCAGCCCCCCGACGGCCAGUGGGUGAAGAAAGGCAGCAAGACCCUGAAGUUCCAGAACAUGCAGGUCCUCCUCCUGGUGAACAUGAAGCGUGUGUCCGAGUCCAGCCUGGAAUCGGCUGAGCCGGGGCCUGUGAAGGACGCAGUGCUGGUUCUCAUCAGGGACAAAAAUAACGGGAAGUUCCAUUUGCUCAGGGAGCCCUUGAGGCUGAGUAAUUGCAUCGUCUCCACUGAUCCCGACUGCGACGACACCUUCGAACUCAUUGAGAUCAGGCGGGAGGCGUUUGUGUUCCGGGACAGCGACCGGGCACGGACUCACCACUGGUUCAGGCAGAUCCGGCGCUACUCCAGGGAGCUGGGCUCCUGGAAGAAGCGGCGGAACGCGCUGCCCAACAUCAUGAUCAGCACUCCCCACACCAGGCCCUGAGUCCUGCAGGCUUGGCUUGGCCAGUGCCACAUGCAAAGACCAUCGAGAGCCCCAGUGGCCUGAACGUGCUCCAUGGACAACACAGGGAGGAGCCUGGUCCCCAAAGACUCUGACUGGCACUGGAAGCAAAUGCCACAGCCUGGUGCUGAACUCCAGCCUCUGGACUCACAAUAGUUUGUGGCUCAUGUACAUACAGAGAUGGGCUCCACUCGAGGAGAUCACUGAAGGAUAAUAAUUUAACUUGUUAAUGUUGCACUGCAGGAGAAUGAUGUAUGAUGCUUGCCAUUGCAUGGAUCGUUUUGAAAGCCAGUCUUGACAAUGAGAGAGGUUUCCACUAUUGACUUUAUUUCAUCAGCAUUAGGUAAAGUCUGGGUAUUCAGCAAAUUAGGUGCAGUAUUAUGCAACAGAGGAUGAAAGCUGGAAAAAAUUGUUUUCCACCACUACUCCUAAGGACUGUGUUUCCUUAUUCACCUCUGUAUAUUCAGUCAAAACACUUGUUUAAAAAGAAAGGCCUUUCAUCUUUAAUCCAAAUCAAGUAGGUGUCAAUUUGUUCAGAUUCAGCUGCAUGCACACAGCCAAAAAAAAAAAAAAAAAAAAAGAGAGGAAAAAAAAAGAGCAAACACAUAAACCCCACAUAUGUGUAGAACCUGUGGAAGAGCAGCACACUCCCAGUGAGAGUCUGUUAUUUAACUGACUUAGGGACUGGAAUAUAAUGCUGCAUCUGAAAUAUCUCAGAAGUAUAUGUAAAUACAGCUCUGCUACUACUGAUAGUGAAUUUAAGAGUUUGCAAUUAUUUAAAUUAUGUAAUCUAGUGUAUUUCAAAAUUUAAUUGAAAGGAACAAUUUACAUUGUACUGUAGAGUAACAUAAAAUGUUUUAAUAACUAUGUUUCAAUUACUUUAGGUGGAUAUUUUUUAAUAUUUCUAUCACAGAGUAUGUGUUUCACUUCA